AUGGAGAUGACGCCAUGCUGCUUAUGCGCUCACCGCUCAGUGUUAUCACUGGGUAGCAUCCCAGGAAACAGGACCAAGGGCCCUGGUCCUCUCUCCUUCCGGAAGGGCCCAGAGUCAGCCACACUGAUCCUUACACCCAAACUCCCUCACUUUGUCCGUGUCAAAGGAGUGCCCUUCUCCAACUGCAGCCGGGACUGUCUGGCAGGGACCAGGAAGGGGAUCAUUGAGGGCGAGCCCACCUGCUGCUUUGAGUGUGUAGAGUGCCCUGAUGGGGAGUUCAGUGACGAGACAGACGCGAGCGCCUGCGACAAGUGCCCGGAUGACUUCUGGUCCAACGAGAACCACACUUCCUGCAUCGCCAAGGAGAUAGAGUUCCUGGCGUGGACCGAACCCUUCGGAAUCGCACUCACUCUCUUCGCGGUGCUGGGCAUCUUCCUGACGGCCUUCGUGCUGGGCGUCUUCAUCAAGUUCCGGAACACGCCCAUCGUCAAGGCCACCAACCGGGAGCUGUCCUACCUCCUGCUCUUCUCGCUGCUCUGCUGCUUCUCCAGCUCGCUCUUCUUCAUCGGGGAGCCCCAGGACUGGACGUGCCGCCUGCGCCAGCCGGCCUUCGGCAUCAGCUUCGUGCUCUGUAUCUCCUGCAUCUUGGUGAAGACCAACCGCGUCCUCCUGGUCUUCGAGGCCAAGAUACCCACCAGCUUCCACCGGAAGUGGUGGGGGCUCAACCUGCAGUUCCUGCUGGUUUUCCUCUGCACCUUCAUGCAGAUCGUCAUCUGUGUGAUCUGGCUCUACACGGCGCCCCCCUCGAGCUACCGCAACCACGAGCUGGAGGACGAAAUCAUCUUCAUCACGUGCCACGAGGGCUCGCUCAUGGCGCUCGGCUCCCUGAUUGGCUACACCUGCCUGCUGGCUGCCAUCUGCUUCUUCUUCGCCUUCAAGUCCCGGAAGCUGCCCGAGAACUUCAACGAAGCCAAGUUCAUUACCUUCAGCAUGCUCAUCUUCUUCAUCGUCUGGAUCUCCUUCAUUCCGGCCUACGCCAGCACGUACGGCAAGUUUGUCUCCGCGGUGGAGGUGAUCGCCAUCCUGGCGGCCAGCUUCGGCUUGCUGGCCUGCAUCUUCUUCAACAAGGUCUACAUCAUCCUCUUCAAGCCUUCCCGGAACACCAGCGAGGAGGUGCGCUGCAGCACCGCGGCGCACGCUUUCAAAGUGGCAGCCCGGGCCACGCUGCGCCGUAGCAACGUCUCCCGGAAGCGGUCCAGCAGCCUUGGGGGCUCCACGGGCUCCAUUCCCUCCUCUUCCAUGAGCAGCAAAAGCAACAGUGAGGACCCGUUCCCGCAGCUAGAGAGGCAGAAGCAACAGCAACCGCUGGCCCUGACCCAGCAAGAACAGCAGCAGCAGCCCCUGGGUCUCCAGCCGCAGCCGCAGCCGCAGCCACAGCCGCCGAGAUGCAAACAGAAGGUCAUCUUUGGCAGCGGCACGGUCACCUUCUCUCUAAGCUUUGACGAGCCUCAGAAGAACGCCAUGGCCCACAGGAACUCCGUGCGUCAGAACUCGCUGGAGGCCCAGAAGAGCAACGACACUUUGAGCAGGCACCAGGCUCUGCUCCCGCUGCAGUGCGCAGACACGGACUCAGAAAUGACCAUUCAGGAAACGGGCUUGCAAGGGCCCAUGCUGGGGGACCACCAGCCAGAAAUGGAAAGUCCAGAAGAAAUGUCCCCAGCGCUGGUUGUGUCCACCUCCCGAAGCUUCGUCAUUAGCGGUGGAGGUAGCUCGGUGACGGAAAACAUCCUGCACUCCUAAUGGAGGGAAAGGCUCUCCAGUGUAGAGUUUUUCUUAGAGUCCCAGGAAUAAGGACGGGUCCCUCCUUUCUUCCCAUGCCUGGAUAUACAUCAACGCUUUGAACGACGGUGGACUGACUGGCACGCUAUUUAAAGUUAGAAGAAGAGCCAUGUGUUGGGGUUGUUUUCCAGAGCUCAGUAUCGUACCCAGGUUUGCUGACGUCUUUUUCUCCGCUCUAUCUACCACCGGCUCAGAUGAAAGCAAGGCUAUAAGCUACCCACAUGCUUCCCUCCCUUAAAAAUGCAUACAUCCAGAAAUGCCUGCCCUGAGAUUCCAUGGAUAGCAUGAUCUGAAAAUACAG